AUGGUGCAGACACGGAAAGGAGCGCAGCAAGUCCCCAUAGCUAAUGGCUGUGCUGGGAAACAGAAUGGCCAGGUGAUCAGGCCAGAGAAAACUGAUUACUCAAGAUGGAGACUCCUGGACGAGUCGGGACGGCAAACAUGGCACUAUCUGACAGACAACGACGAGGUCCAGAAGUGGCCGCAGAGUAUAGCUGACAAGUAUCACCUUGGUCUUCCAACCGGUCUACCAGAACUGCCACCGGCCACCACACCCUCGCAGUCGAUAGACAACUGUCUCUCCUUUUUCUCCCAUCUACAACUGCCACCAGGCAACUGGGCGUGUGAAUAUGGUGGACCUCUCUUCCUUCUUCCAGGCCACGUUAUCACCUUGUACGUCACAGACACACCUAUCCCACCGGCAUAUGCCACCGAGAUCAAAGCAUACCUGUUUGCACGACAGAACAAGCAAGAUGGUGGAUGGGGCUUGCACGUGGAAGGAGAGAGCUCUGUCUUCGGUACAGCACUGAAUUACACUAUUUUGAGAAUCCUUGGAGCAAGUGAAGAGGACGAGAGGAUGAUAAAAGCCAGGGGUAAGCUCCACCAGCUAGGAGGUGCUGUGUACGGACCGCAUUGGGCAAAGUUCUGGCUGAGUGUGUUGGGUGUGAUGGAAUGGGAAGCGGUAAAUCCUGUUCCACCAGAAGUGUGGCUUCUGCCAGAUUGGAUGCCAGUUGCACCUUGGCGAUGGUGGAUUCACAUGCGACAAGUCUUUCUACCAAUGUCAUACAUCUACUCGAAACGAUUUGUUGCACAGCCAACACCACUGACUCGGCAGCUUCGACAAGAGCUAUAUACUCAACCAUAUGAAAGUCUGGAUUUUGGAUCACACCGCAACUCAAUUUCAGAUAAGGAUAAUUAUCAUCCCAAGACCUGGCUGCUGAAUGUGAUCAAUUGGCUCCUGGUCUGGAUCUGGUUUCCUUAUCUCCGCUACGAAUCGCUGGUUCGACGUGCGGAAGGCUGGGUAUGGGACCUGGUGCAGAUGGAGGAUGAGAACACCGACUAUGCUGGCCUAGCCCCCGUCAACGCCCCCAUGAACACCCUCUGCUGUUUCAUCCACGACGGACCAAACAGCGACUCCGUCAACCGUCACAUCGACCGGCUAAACGACUACAUGUGGAUGAACAAAGAGGGCAUGCUGAUGAACGGCACAAACGGUUGUCAAGUUUGGGACACCGCCUUCCUAAUUCAAGCUGUAAUCGAAGCCGGCCUAGCAUCCUCUCUCAAAUGGAAACCCAUGGUCCAGAGAGCCGCAGCAUUCCUCGAAGACCACCAAAUCCGCGAAGAAGUGCCCAACCAAGAAAUCUGCUACCGCCAAUCCCGCAAGGGUGCCUGGCCAUUCAGCACCAAGGUUCAAGGCUACACUCUUAGCGACUGCACAGCCGAAGCCCUCAAAGUGACACUCCUCCUCCAAAAUACCCACAACUACCCUGAAAUCAUAUCCGAAGAACGCAUCCGCGACGCCAUCGAUGUCCUCCUCACAAUGCGGAACCCCCGCUCCGGCGGCUUCGCUUCCUACGAGCCCCAGCGCGGCUCCGAACUACUGGAAUGGCUCAAUGCAGCCGAAGUCUUUGGCCGCAUCAUGGUGGAAUAUGACUAUCCUGAGUGCACCACCGCGGUAGUGACUGUGCUAUCCCUCUUCCAAAGAUUUUCAGACUACCGCAAAGAAGAAAUCGACCGGAUCAAAGAAUCGGCAUUGAAAUACAUCCGCCGCGCGAUGCGACAGGACGGAUCCUGGUAUGGGAGCUGGGGAAUCUGCUUCACGUACGCGGGCAUGUUCGCGUUGGAGUCGCUCGCCAGCGUUGGCGAGAACUAUGAAAAUAGCGCUCAAGUGGGGAAAGCGUGCGAGUUCCUCCUCUCGAAACAAAUGGACGACGGUGGCUGGGGCGAGGACUAUCGCAGUUGCGAACGCAAAGAAUAUGUCCACCACAGGGCAGGCAGUCAGGUGGUGCAGACUGCUUGGGCGGUCAUCGCGUUAAUGGAGGCUGGAUAUCCGGGCAAGGAGAAGAUCAAAAAAGCCUUGGCCAUGGUGGUUGGGAGGCAGCAACGGAAUGGCGAGUGGUUGCAAGAGGGGAUCGAGGGGGUUUUCAAUCAGAGUUGGUGA